CCGACCAUCACUACCUCAGCGCCGACUUGUGUAAUAAAAAUAAAAAACAAAAUUACUAAAUUCAAGUAAAAACCCGUAUUUUCUACGAAUUUAGAUCCACAACGAAGCACGUAUGUCGUGUUACACUUGAGUGUAACACUAUAGCAACGAUAUUUAACAAAUGUACGUAAACGUAAAGGUACCACUCUGCAGAGUUCGUACCUAUCCAUUAGCGAGUGUCUAAGACUGCUUAUCAGAUCAUGCUGCCCGCCAUGGUUUUUCGCCAAGGAUUGCAUCAUGGCGCCUCGACACUGGAGCACGUACUGGGAGUGGGUGGCAGCAGUUUUGUCAACUGCCUGAAUCGGUAUGCCGCUGCCACCGGCUUCAUUCGCAUCUCCUUCCUGGACAUCAAGCAGCGCCGGAACUGGGACGUGGCCCGACUCCGGCUGUAUGCGGAUGCCAAGAAACAUUCGCUGCAUCUUCGCACCCUACAAGGAAGGCAUCUACUGCAAGGUGUCAUCGACAAGCAGCGGGCCGAGUUCAUUGAACGCAAGAAUUUCCUUGUCGACGACAUCAGAGAGGCACGCCACAAAGUGCAAGAGCGGGUCCGCGAGAAGAUCGUUGAAAUACGCGAGGAGCGUGAGAAUAUCAUGACCAUACCCAACAUGCUCACAAUCAGUCGUGCCAUACUCUCCCCCUACAUUGGUUAUGUUAUCGUUCAGGGCGACUUUACUUUCGGCAUGAGUCUACUGGCCGUUGCCGGUGUCUCGGAUCUGUUGGAUGGGCAGAUUGCUCGACGUUGGCCCUCACAGGCCACCAAGUUUGGCUCCUUCUUGGAUCCGAUGGCCGACAAGCUGCUGAUGGGUUCGUUGGUGAUUUCGCUCUGCUACACCGAUCUGAUGCCCCUGUGGUUGGCGGGCAUUGUUGUGUUUCGUGAUGUGUUCCUAUUAGCCGCUGGUUUUGUCAUUCGCUACAUAAGUCUGCCCCCUCCAAAAACCUUUUCGCGUUACUUCGAUGCCACCCAUGUGACGGCCCAAUUGGAGCCAACUUUGCUCAGCAAAAUCAACACCGGCGUGCAGUUGGCUACGAUUGGCCUCAGUCUAGGCGCUCCCAUAUGGAAUUAUUUGGACCAUCCAGCCCUGCAUGGCCUCUGGUAUCUGACCGGACUGACAACCGCUGCCACUGCUCUUAGCUAUGUUAUGAACAGGCAUAAUACUUUUAAGAUUAUCCAAAAGAAGACGUAGUGCUGAGCAUUUUCUUCUACAUCAAGAGUACUACAAAAGUGUAGUAUUUCCAAUAUCGCAAUGAUUAGUAUGUAAUGUGUUUUGUACAUACAUGAGUACUCCCGUAAAAGUAAAUAAAUAUACAUAUUUUGUUAGUGGUCGUAA